CCCGCGCGCCGCAGUCCGAGCUGGAGCGUCUCGGCCCUGGCGGUUACCGUUGCCUCUGGGCGGCUCUGGCGGCGACUGCGGCUCCCGGGGUCUGCAGAGGGCAGUGGGCUGGCCCUGGCCCGUGGCCGCCUUCAGCCCAGCGCUGGGACUGGGGAGGCGAGACGGCGGCUGCGGGUUGUGCCCGGCCCCCUCCUUGGCGGCUCCAGCCCUCGGGCGGCUGCGGGCUCCGGGCAGCCCCGGGCGGCGGCCGAGCCGGCGGCUCGGAAUGGCGAGAUAGCAGCGCGGGAGCGGCCGGACUAACGAUAUUUCACGGAUGAUGGAUAUUUACUUACCUUUGAAACGGCCAUCCUGGAUGGUGGACAAUAAAAGAAUGAGGACUACUACAAAUUUCCAGUGGCUUCUAUCAACGUGUGUUCUUUUAUACUUAAUGAAUCAUGUAAAUACCCAGAGAAAGGGGACUCCUCAUGAUUUGAAAUGUACAACUAACAAUUUACAAGUAUGGGACUGUUCAUGGAAAGCACCCUCUGGAGCAGGCCAUGGUACUCUUUAUGAAUUUUGCAUUGACAGCAGGUCCCAUCCUUGUUAUCCAUUAGUGAAAACAAAUAUUGAAAUCCCAGCUCUUCCACCUGGUAAUCAUGCAAUAACAAUACGUCCUCAACAUGAUGCUGGAGGUUUUACAAGUAAAUUCAUACUAAGUGAAAAAAAUAUUUCAUUAAUUCCAGCUGCUCCAGAAAUCUUGAAUUUGUCUGCUGAUUUCUCAACAUCUACAAUACACGUACAGUGGAAUGACCAGGGUUCUGUUUUUCCACGACAUUCAAAUGUCAUCUGGGAAAUUAAAGUCCUACGUAAAAAGAGUAUGGAGCUUGUAAAAUUAGUGACCUACAACACAACUCUGAAUGGUAAAGAUGCUGUUCAUCACUGGAGUUGGGUCUCAGACAUGCCCUUGGAGUGUGCCAUUCAUUAUGUGGGAAUUAGAUGCUAUGUUGACAGUCUGCUUUUCUCUGGUCCCAAAGAGUGGAGUGACAUGAGCCCAGUGAAGAACAUUUCUUGGACUCCUGAUUCUCAGACUAAAGUUUUCCCUCAAGACAAAGUGAUCCUUGUAGGCUCAGAUAUAACAUUUUGUUGUGUGAGUCAAGAAAAAGUGUUAUCGGCACAGAUUGGCAGUACAUACCGUCCCCUUAUCCAUCUUGAUGGGGAAAAUGUUGCAAUCAAGAUCCAUAAUAUUUCUGUUUCUGAUAGUAGUGGAACAAACGUGGUUUUCAUGAUAGAAGAUAACGUAUGUGGAACAGUUGUUUUUGCAGGAUAUCCACCUGAUACUCCUCAAAACCUGAAUUGCGAGACACACGACUUAAAAGAGAUUCUAUGUAGUUGGAAUCCAGGAAGACCAACAGGAUUGGUGGGCCCACGCAGUACCAGCUACACUUUGUUUGAAGGUUUUUCAGGGAAAUCUGUUAGAUUUAGAAGAGUUGAAGUGCCUACAAAUGAAAGCUAUCAGUUAUUCUUUAAAAUGCUUCCAAGUCAAGAAAUAUAUAAUUUUACUUUGGUUGCUCGCAAUCCUCUGGGUGGAUCAGAAUCAACAAUUUUAGUUAACAUAACUGAAAAAGUUUAUCCCCAUGCUCCUACUUCGUUCAGAGUGAAAGAUAUUAAUUCAACAGCUGUUACACUUUCUUGGCAUUUACCAGGCAACUUUGCAAAGAUCAAUCUUUUAUGUCAAAUUGAAAUUAGUAAAAUUAAUUCAGUACAAGAAUUGCGGAAUGUGACAGUCAAAGGAGUAGAAAAUUCAAGUUAUCUUGUUGCUGUGGGCAAGUUAAAUCCAUAUACUGUAUAUGCUUUUCGUAUUCGCUGUUCUACAGAAACUUUCUGGAAAUGGAGUAAAUGGAGCAAUAAAAAACAGCAUUUAACCACAGAAGCCAUUCCUUCAAAGGGACCUGACACUUGGAGAGAGUGGAGUUCUGAUGGAAGAAAUUUAAUUAUCUAUUGGAAGCCUUUAUCCGUCAAUGAAGCUAAUGGAAAAAUACUUUCUUAUAAUGUGUCAUGUUCAUCAGAUGAGAAAACACAGUCCCUUUCUGAGAUCCUUGACCCUCAACACAAAGCAGAAAUACAACUUGACAAAAAUGACUACAUCAUCAGUGUGGUGGCCAAAAAUUCUGUGGGUUCAUCGCCACCUUCUAAAAUAGCUAGCAUGGAAAUUCCAAAUGAUGGUCUGAAAAUAGAGCAGGCCGUUGGAAUGGGAAGGGGGAUUCUCCUCACUUGGCAUUACGACCCCAACAUGACCUGCGACUACGUCAUCAAGUGGUGUAACUCGUCUCAGUCCGAACCGUGCCUUAUGGACUGGAGAAAAGUUCCUUCAAACAGCACUGAAGCUCUCAUAGAGUCUGAUCAGUUUCAACCAGGUAUAAGAUACAACUUUUUCCUGUAUGGGUGCAGAAAUCAGGGAUAUCAGUUACUACGUUCCAUAAUUGGAUAUACAGAAGAAUUGGCUCCAGUUGUUGCACCAGAUUUUAGCGUUGAGGAUACUUCUGCAGAUUCAAUAUUAGUAAAGUGGGAAGAUAUUCCUGUGGAAGAGCUUAGAGGCUUUUUAAGAGGAUAUUUAUUUUACUUUGAAAAAGGAGAAAGAGACACAUCUAAGAUGAGGGGUUUGGAAUCAGGUCGUUCUGACAUAAAGGUUAAGAAUAUUACUGAUAUAUCCCAGAAGACACUGAGAAUUGCUGACCUUCAGGGAAAAACAAGUUACCACCUGGUCUUGCGGGCCUAUACAGAUGGCGGAAUGGGCCCAGAGAAGAGUAUGUACGUGGUGACAAAGGAAAAUUCUGUGGGGCUAAUUAUUGCCAUUCUCAUCCCCGUGGCAGUGGCGGUUAUUGUUGGAGUGGUAACAAGUAUCCUUUGCUAUCGGAAAAGAGAAUGGAUUAAAGAAACUUUCUACCCUGAUAUUCCAAAUCCAGAAAAUUGUAAAGCUUUACAGUUUCAAAAGAGUGUCUGUGAGGGAAACAGUGGUCUUAAAACAUUGGAAAUGAAUCCUUGUACCCCAAAUAAUGUUGAGGUUCUGGAAACUCGGUCAACUUUUUCCAAAAUAGAAGACACAGAAAUAAUUUCCCCAGUUGCUGAGUGUCCUGAAGAGAGCUCCGAUGCAGAGCCUGAAAACCAUGUGGUUGUAUCCUAUUGCCCACCAAUUAUUGAGGAAGAAAUACCGAACCCAGUGGGGGAAGAGGCUGGAGGGGCUUCACAGGUCGUCUACAUUGACGUUCAGUCCAUGUACCAGCCCCAGACAAAACCAGAAGAAGAGCUGGAGAGGGACCCUGGAGGGGGCGCAGGCUACAAGCCACAGAUGCACCUCCCCAUCAGUGCUGCUAUAGAAGACAUCACUGCUGAAGAUGACUUAGAUAAAACUGCGGGUUACAGACCUCAGGCAAAUGUAAAUACUUGGAGCUUAGUAUCUCCAGACUCCCCCAGAUCCACGGAUAGCAACAGUGAAAUUGUCUCAUUUGGAAGUCCAUGUUCCAUUAAUUCCCGACAAUUUUUGAUUCCUCCUAAAGAUGAAGACUCUCCGAAAUCGAAUGGAGGAGGGUGGUCCUUUACAAACUUUUUUCAGAACAAACCGAAUGAUUAACAGUGUCACUGUGUCACUCCAGCCUGCCAUCUCAAUAAGCUCUUAUUACUUGUGUUGCGAUGUCAGCACGGGGCACUCUUGGAGGAAUCCUGUGAAGUACUGUUGUUAGUGAGGUGAGGUUCACCACGUGCAAGUUACACCAAAAGUGUUAAUGUGCUUUUAAUGUGGUCUUAAAGGCCAAAGUCUAGUGACUCAGAAUCCAGAACCCAAGAUUCGGAACUCUUUGUGAUCGAGCCAAAGAAUUCUCACAUGCUCUACCUUCAGGAAACACUUCAUGGCCAAUACUGACUAGUUACAUACAUGCAAAACAAACCCUGCCACUCUGUUUUCUGUUCUGCUGUUAAUGGUUUUCUCAGAUGUAUACUUUAUGGAAUUGAAAGUGGAUUUGCAGGCAAGGGAGAAAAACUCCACAGUAACAGAUGAUGUUUAUUUGCCUGACUUUUCCUCCAUUCUAGAUGAAAACCAAGCACAGAUUUUAAAACUUUGAAGAUUAUUGUCUAUCCACAGCAUUUGCAAAAAUUAAUAUAAUUUUUAAUGUAGUGACAGCUAUUUAGUGUUUUGUCUGAUAAAGUAUGCUGAUUUCUGUGCCUACUGUAUAAUGAUUAUCUAACAGUUGUCUCAGGGGUGCAAACUUGGAGAACACGUGUGACACUGACCCUCUCAAAUCAGAACCAUGUUUUCUUGUUUUGGUGGGUUUUGCAAACCUUUUCAUUAUGUGUUACCUUUUAUGCUAGCUUCUGUUAUUGCAGUAGUUGCCCUAAUAUUUAAAAUUUAAAUCUGUAAGACUAUAGACCCAAGUUUUUUUUAAAAAAAACAACCAUUUUGUGAUACAGUGUCAGCUUUAUAUGAGCAAAUUCAAUAUUAUUCAUAAGCAUAUAAUUCCAGUGGUUGACCAUGUGAGAUGACUACUAAGCAAUAUGUCACGGCAUUAGCUAUCCGUCUAGUUCUGAUUGGCCUUCAUUCCUCCUGAGAAGACCGUGCCCUCGAGCCUGGUCACCAAGGCAGAGACCAUCUCUGACACCUCCUCAUCAGUGUUGCUUCUAUUCCUGAGUCUUACCUCUCCCUUUCUCUUGAACCGUCAUCAUUCCAGACUAUCUGGUUCAGUCCUCGCAUUUUAAAGUAUAAAGCUAAGGAGAGAAUGCUGCUUCCAGGAACAGGUAGCCAAGGAUUACUUCUGAGUAAAUGUCAUAAAUCGGUUGGACUCCGUGGACACACUUGUAUGGCCAGGUACGGCAGUUGCUUGGUGAGCUGUGCAGAGUUGAGCAUUCAGUACAGCAUCAUCUGCCCUCCCAAGUUUCUCAUAAGUGAUGGUGGUUUUUAGGAAAGCAGAAUAAAAAACUGAAAAGACAUCUUGUAUUUCCCCUGCCCUCAGUUGUCUACGUAUUUUAUCUUUAGAUAGUUAAGGCAAAUGUACCUGAAAAUUUAAAAUACCUGAAUAAGUUAUGCUUAUUUUUUAGUCAUCUGAGGUUCUGUAAUGUAUUUGAAAAGAAUAGAUCGAUUAUUUUUUUCAAGUUCAUGCUGUAUCUUUUUAAAAACCACACUGUGGAAAAAAGCCACAGAACAAGGAACAAAAUCUAUUUAGGUACUCUGUGAAUGAAUCCUGAUUUUUAACUACUAGGAUUCAACUAAAUUUCUAAGCUUCAUAUUAUGGAUAUGUGGAAUGACAUACAAUUAAUUAUGUACAUAGCAUAUUAAAACUAUAUAAUAGUUCAUAGAGGUUUUCAGUGAUGAAAAAUAGGUCAAAGUGGAGCCAUCCCUACACAGUUUUCUCUAGUCUUCCUUUCUGGCCUUUUUGGCUCCUUUCCUGAGCUUCCAGUCCGGGCACUCAGGCCUGGCACAGCCCCCUCUUCCUGCCAAAGCUUGGCAUGACUGUGGUCCACUCGUGCUAACUCACGCCUCUUCCCCUGUUCCUGUGUUCAUCUCUUUAGGACAAGGAUGAACAUUGGCUGCGGUAAAAGUUUAUUGAUCUAAAUGAUGCUAACCUGAAAUAACAGGAAAAGGACAGAAGAGACUGAUCUCUGUCAUCAAUAUAAGUGCAUUUUAACUGUGACUAUGUGGACCCAGUGCCUUUCCUAACCCAUGGAAGGAAUGGCUCAUGUGUUUGGCUAAUGGUGAACAUCACUGGGGCUGUUAAGUCCUUUCGUUCUGUCCAAGAAUUCACUGCUUGUCCUUUAUGAAGAAGUUCAGAGUGCUACUCACCCAUCCCCUGCCUCUGGAGUACCAUACACAAGGAUCACUAGGUUAACAGAGAGUAAUGCUCUGUUAGUCUGGGCACGCUCCUUAUACCUCACUGUAUCUUAGAAGAAUGUGUUUCAAGUCUGAGGCCAAAGCAGGUUUCCUUGCCUUUCCCCAUUUCAUUGAAGAUAGCCAGACCCAUGUGCAGAUCGGAGGUUGUUACCUCUCAGCCCCGUCCUCCCUGUACACCUAGGGGGAGCCUUAACACGGGGAGGGGGAGAAUAGCCUCAGUCUUGUAUCCAGUUGUUUGAGACUGGCAGACGUGCCCUGUGUCAGUACAGAGAUCCUGCCUCUGUGGGAGGCGUUUUAAUCAUGGUUGCACCCUGUCCAUUCAGAUUAGCUACAUCUCCUUUAGGGGGAUAAUUAUGGACCAGUUAGAAAGGGAAUCUGGAUGAGUGCCCCCAGCCCUUACUAACCUGGGAAAUAAUUGGGAAAUUUCUCUUUCCUCUGCAAAAGCCCAACCAUUGGUUAGAAAAAUCUAGAUGUCAAACUAGAAUUAUGUUCCAUUAUGUCUUAUGAAUAGUACUUCACUUAAGGGAUAUUUUUACCUCUCUUAUAAGUCAUUUCGUUUAUAAGCCUGUUUUAAAUCAAGCUUCCCUUGUGAGGAAUGGGGAUCGGAUCAUUAUAGAGGUCAUUAUGAGUACAUUUCUUUUGUGAGUGGCUAUUUUAAAUAAUAAUAAAAAUACUCUUAAAAGCUUAGGCUUUUGACAUUAGGUGAACCUUGUGAAUUCUGUAUUGCAUGGAUUAACACAGAUAUGUGAUCUUAAGUCUCCAAUUUAUUGAACCUGUACAGGCCUGGAUGUGAGACUGUAGCUCUGAGUAUCUGGAUAGUUGAUUGUGUCAACCUCAUUUUCCAAACCAGCAUUACUUUUCUCGGCUCAUGAAUCUGAAGGAUUGCAUUUAGAACAUCUAGUACUAUCAUACUCUCAGAAAUUUGGUAAAAAGUCACAUUCUUAAACCUUCAUGCAUAUUAUAUUAUAGUUGAAAAUUUGUCCUGUGAUUUCUUAACUGUCUUCAUACCGUCCAUAUUUAAAGAUCAUUGCAAGUCUUUUUUGUAUUUGGAUAAUUAAAUGUAGUUUAAUGAAGGAGACUAGCAAGUGUUUUCUUUUUACAAAGGGAAUUCGAAAUCAGUUUUAUGGUAUUUUGAAAUUUAGCUACUCCUUAACAUGUCAAUAUUCAAAAAAAUGUUAUCUCAAAGUUUUUGACUGCUCAGGGGCACAUAAUCUGAUAAAAUUUUUGGUUUGUUUACUAUAAGGUCAAUUUUGCUUUUUUCUAUUUUAAACUAUGUUAAAAUUUGUACGGCUUUUACAAAAUGCCUCUUUUCCUUAUAUUGAAAGUUUAAAAUUAGGCCUUUCACAGUAAAAUAUACCAUCAUUAGAUUAAAAAGACUCAGGCACUCGAGAAAGUGUACUGACUAACUUCUUGCUGAGUCCCAGCCCAGAGUAUUACAGAUGCAGUGGAAUUUUCCUGAAGGGGGCUGUGUAUCAAGGUCUACAGUAUGUGGCUCUGAAACUCAUAGAUGCAGAUCUACUAUAGAGAUGGCUCCACAGUUUGUGUUAAAGAGUCCUGCUCAUGUAUCACUAGUUAGCUUAUUUCUUCAUAAUUUUAAAUGUUGAUAGUUUUUGUUUUUUUUUUAUUUAAUGGGUACAAAACUAGGGACAUGUUUGUACCACUAGUGUAUGUUUUGGCAAACAAAAAGUGCAUUGAUGUGUGAGGAUAAUUGAUUAAUGUGAGCACUCUUUCCCUUGAUGAACUAGUGCAUCAAAGCAUUAAAUUUAUUUUAAACCUUUAUUUCCUGCUGAAUCAAAGUUUCAUUGCUGUCAUGCCCCUCUUUUAUAUCUGAAAGAGAAUUUUUCAUAGAAGAAAAUGAUUUGUAGCCAAACUUCCAGGUCAUUUAUCUGUUAGACAUAGCCUUAGAAUAUCAUUGGAGCUGACUCAGUUUGAAUUUGGUUAAUUUUUUUUUAUGUCAGUUAUGUACCAAGACUAUUAAUAAUACUUAAACCUCUUAUUUUGUGAGGUUUUUAUUCCCAUUCAAUUAGUGCUUUUGUCUUAUUACAUAGUUAUAUGCAUGCUAAUUAUAAUACAGAUAAACUUUUUAAUUCCAACACAGAAGAUAAAGAAUAACAUUUAGUUAUUUGAUAGGAUUUAUUUUAUAUGAUAAAGGUUCAGGGGGUAUGAUUUUUUUUCUAGAAUAUAUCUAAAUCUUUAUGAUUUUGGGUUAUGACAGGAGUCUAUUGUUUUUAAUAAUGAGUACCACUUAUUUCUCCCUAUAUUAGAAAUGUUCAAGUUUUGGAUUAUAAAAUCCAUCCAAGUUAUAAACAGAAUUUAUCUAUACAAGAUGAAUUCUUAACUCUGCAGCAUUUUUAUAAAAAUUAAAAAGUAGUGUUUUACGUUUGUAUGUGUAAGUGCCUAGCUGAAGAACCAUAGAAACAAUAAAUUCAAAAGCUCUUACAGAACUUAAACUAUAACUGAUUGAAUAUUGGCCAAAAACAAAUCAUUAAUAACUUACAUUAUUUUUUGGUUGUUGGAACUGAAUAUGGUAAGAACAAGGAGAUGUGAGUGGGGAGAAAAAGUUCUAAUUCAUAAGGAAAUUUAUUUUUAUAACAUUUACCUGUCUUCUAAGAUUGUCUUUACAGUAGCCAGUCAGAACUUUAAAAAAAAGCUAAUGCACACCUUAUGUGUUGCACUUAAACCUAAAAUACUGUGCACACUUGAUUGAAUGGGUCACUUAAAUUACUGGAUUUCCUUAUACAUUUAAAAUGUAUUUCCCUUUAGAAGUAUUCCAUGUUAAAUGGGUAGCUUUCAACUUCUGAACUUACUGUUUUCCUAAGCAUUCCAGUGGUGUAAUAUGAAAUAUCAAAAUAUUUCUAGGUGGUAAUACAUUUUUUUAUUAAAACAUGGAAAAGUUGUGAACUAUUAGGUUUAACAUUAGGGUAAGUAUUUUUGCAAUCGAUUAUAGAAAAGAACACUGAAUAAUGGUUUUCAUAAAAAUUAGUUUUCCAUCUUUACCCAGUUUGAUUCCAAAUACUUUCCUCAUUAUUUCUAAUAUCACAUAAGCUAGUGGCUCCUUCUAUUUGAUUUUUUCCUUCCAACAUUAAUAUUUAGGAAAAAUGUGAAUAGUGUUGUGAAUAGUGGAAUACAGCAUGCAAAAAAGAAACCGUUGUUGUGAAGGUGUAGGUGCUACGUUAUGGAAAAACAAAACCCUGGGAUUUGUUUUAUCUUAAUAUUUUCUCAAAAAGGAGCAUGCCCUUUUGUUAAAUACAUUUCAAUUCAGAAUUGCUUGAAAAAGAUUGGCCUGCAUAGAGAAAUAGAAAUCCUAGAUUUGAGAUAGUAUCUGUUCAAAGGUAAAAUUGAUGAUUUUUAAAUACUCAACUCUCCUAGCAGGAAUUUUCUUUUUUCUUUUCUUUCAUUUGCUGGCUGUAAGUCAAAGUCCUUACAACACUAGGAAAUUACCAUUUUUUACUUUCAAAAUUACAUUAUAGCGAAUUACUGUUUACAAAAUACACAUACUGUGAACAGAUACAAGUUUUUGUGUUUUAUAAGGUUGUUUGCAGAAUGAGUGUUGUUUUUUCUUUUUAAAGGUAGUGUUAUAUGUUAAAUGUUUCCAGUUUUUUAUAAAUACUAGUAACUGUUUACUAAUUUUUGUUUGGUCACAUGCUUGUAAAUGUAGCUGACAGAAGAUAAGGAGAAACUGCAGGUCUAAAAUUUCCCUUUUUUCUUCCUUGAAAUGUUACCACUACAGACAUUUCUUCUUUUUUUCUUUUUAAUGUGAAUGGUCAAUUAUGAUACGUAGUUCCUAAAAUCAUGUUUAAUAAUGUAAUGAAACGCUUAAAUUUACAAAAAUGUGGGUCACUGUGAAAGUUUUGAGACAGAUUAUAUUAUGGUCCAUUAUCGCUUCCAAGAGACAAAGGCCACAGCAUCCUUCUGAUUGACCCAUGCAAGUUUCAGCUUGCUCAGAUUUUCCGUUUCUUGAUUUUUGUGUAUCUCAAAAGUUGCAUAAUGACCCAUGUACAGGAAGUAAACUAUAAAUUGAAGUAUAUUUGUGUGAUUCAGUCUGAUUCACAGAAUUAGGAGUUUAAUUGGAAUAAACAACCCCACUUACAGAGAUGGCAACUGAAAUAUUUCCUGCCUUAUGAAAAUUUGGAUAUUGCUGUUAGAAUGGGUAAUUUGGACAUUUUACAUUAUUGUAUAAUUUCAGAAUUUAGUUUCCAUGUCCUUUGGAAAACUCGGUUAUAGCAAAAACAUAGAAUAUAAUCUAAGACACCAUAAAUAUAAAACUAGUAUGCUUGGCUGUUAACUCUAAAGAUGUUACUUAUGUCUGUUUUUAAAACGUGCAUGUAUUUAACAAUUUUAUCAUAGUAUUGUCAUGGAAAAAAUAAAUAUAUUUUCUUACAUCUUAUACCAACAAA